GAGAGCAAGUGAAAACAGAAGCCGCAGCGGGCAGCGGCCCAGGCAGAAAUAGCUCCCGCGAUUCACCCGAGCCUUCCCAGGCCCCGGUCCCGGCUCCCGCACCUCGCGCGCCCUCGUCCCGACCGCCGUGGAGGCGGCGGCGGGAGGCAGCGGGCUCGCCGAGACCGUACUCCCGCACCCCGCGGAAGGCUGCGCGGCGCCCGCGCGGUUCAGCGCCCCCUGCGGUCGGCGCGGGCUCUCGGCGGGGCAGCGAUCGCGGCGGUCGGCGAUGUCAGGGCGCGCUCGGCUCGGCGUGGCCCGGGAGGCCCUGGGCGCCUGGCUGCUGGGCGGCCUCUGCUUCUGGGCGCUGGGCGGCCUCUGCGGCCUGGGGGCGGCGGCGCCGGGGGCGGGGGUCGGGGGCGCCCCGGGGACUCCGCGCCCAUGCCAGGCGCCGCAGCAGUGGGAGGGCCGCCAGGUUCUGUACCGGCAGAGCAGCGGGCGCAACAGCCGCGCCCUGCUCUCCUACGACGGGCUCAACCAGCGCGUGCGGGUGCUGGACGAGCGAAAGGCGCUGAUCCCCUGCAAGAGAUUAUUUGAAUAUAUUUUGCUCUAUAAGGAUGGAGUGAUGUUUCAGAUUGAACAAGCCACCAAGCAGUGCUCCAAGAUCAGCCUGACGGAGCCCUGGGACCCUCUAGACAUUCCUCAGAAUGCCACGUUUGAGGACCAGUACUCCAUAGGGGGGCCCCAGGAGCAGAUCACUGUCCAGGAGUGGUCCGACAGAAAGUCCGCUAGAUCGUAUGAAACCUGGAUCGGCAUUUAUACCGCCAAAGAUUGUUAUCCUGUCCAGGAAACCUUCACCAAAAAUUACAGUGUGAUAUUGUCCACGCGGUUUUUCGACAUACAACUGGGCAUUAAAGACCCCUCCGUGUUCAUCCCACCGAGCACCUGUCAGACGGCCUGGGCCGAGAGGAUGAGCGAGGACUGCUCCUGGUAGGCCUGUGAGCGCCCAAUAGCUCCAGAGGGAUUGGAGGCUUUUGAGAAGCGAGAACCUUCACUGGAGAGAAAUACCAUAAUUGUAGGAAGAGAAACAUCAGUCUGGGGUUCUCUGUACAUAGGAUUUUGACUCCUCAAGCUAUGUUUACAGAGCGCUGGUGCAGCCAGUGGGGGAGAUGUGUUUUCCAUGCUUGCAGGUGGAUCUGGGCACGGGGGCAGACGUGGGCGAGGGGCGGUAGAGAACGGAAAAGACACCUGCCUUGGCAGGGAAGAGGGUUUCAUUACUGGUGUGACCAAGAAUUACUGGAUUGCUGCCAUGUGCCACGUGAUAAUAAAAUGCAGAACCGGUUUGGUCCCUUUCAUGAUAAAGUUUUCCGUUUUCUCUAGAGAGUGGCCCCAAUAUUGCUGGCACCAGGUGGCAACGGCUCCCCCUGCCCAGCCUCCCACCCCCUUUGCCACUGCAAAGUAGUUCCUUAAAAUCCCUUCCAGACUUAAGAGCUUUAUGGUAUGUCCCGAUUGAUGUAAAUUUUGGGAGGAAAUGAAAGGCUCCAAUACAAAAUAAUUAUUCCUCAAAGAGACAUUUUAAAUAAGAGGGUUUGGAAAUCUUAAUGUCUCUACCUGGGUAAGCGUGAGCCGUGUAUGGGUCCUUUUCUCUAUGCAAGACUAUUGCUGUAUGUGCCGAAUCAUCACAUAUUUGUCGGGGAACCUAGAAAGACAGUAUUCUAAAAAUAGCGCUGCACUAGGAGUCGGGAGACUAUUGUCUUCAGAAUCCAGGACUGGAAUUCCUCCGUACUUGAUCGCCUUUGAUGCACUAACUGCACUAUGCUUUCCCUCACCCGAGCCUUCUGGGGCAGUCUGGCAAGCUGUCUAUGUGACUUCUACUCAUCCUUCCCAGGUCAGCUCACACUUGACCUUCAGAGAGCGGUUCCCAGGCCCAGGCUGGGUGCACUCUGUAGCUUAAGCAUGCUGUUCUCAUCAUAUGUAUUAGGAUGUGUGCGAAUUCCCUGCUUACUGGACGCUGUUGCCCACGAGCCUGGCCCUGAGCAACCUGAGUACGGGUACCACGUUCUGUUUACUUGUAUAUGUCCAGCGCCAAGGAAGUGCCUGGCACACACUCAGUGCCCUAACCGUUUGUAGAGUGAGAACGCCAGUCUCUCCGGUCGUUAGUUGCCUCAUCUAUCCAAGGGUUGGGUUUGCUGGUCUCUAGGGAGACUCCUAGUAAUAAAAUUUAUUAUUCUAGAUUCUUCUACUGUUGUGUUUCAUCUGGCUAUAAUCUGUUACUAGGAGAAAUGUAUGACAUCUAUAUCGCGUGGAAAACAAUCUGUAUGACUCACAGUUUAUUUCAAUAAACACGUUUGAUUGCA